UUAGUUCGCCGUAUUGUUUCGUUGAGAUCGGUCCGUCAGGAAGAGGCGAGACAUAUACCGCACGCGUGUUCUGCGGCGUUAUUAAUUCGCCAUCCUUAUUGUUGUUAUUCGCAAUACGUGUGUGAGUGUGUGUGUGCGUGUGUAUGUUUGCUGUUGUGUGGAAUGUUGACCCCAUGCUGGUGGAAAUCUGCAAACGACUCAUUGGAUGCCGCACAGAAGAGUGUGUUCGAUCGUCGUGUUCGUUGAUCGUUGUUCUCGCUACCUUUAGCAGCAACUUGAUUGGAGCGUCCUAGGAGCCGCGCAUCACCCGCGCCAGCCUUUUGGUGGGGUUGUGUAUGGUGGUUGGUGUGUGUGUAUGUGUGUGUGUGUGCGCUAACUAUCGGGAGGAUUCAUCUGCAAAAGAUGGCGCACGAUGGCACGGCGAAUGGUCCGUAAAGAUGGUGUUGUUCUGUUGUUGGGUGAUGGAUUCAACACCGUGUCAUUAUCAUGCCCGAUCCGGUUGCUGCGGUGGUGAUGAAGAUCGACAUUCAGUUCUACCGCCGUAUGCAAAGUGGCAGAGAGGCAGAUGAAGCAACCUGAAGCCGUACGGAAUUGAUCCCCUGGAGAAGGGAAGAAAAGGCUAGCGAGAAGCAUUGCAAGUGUUAGUGAAGAGAAGCUGUAUGCGUGAGUGUGUGUGUGAGCGUGUAUACAUAAUACGAUCUAUAUGCGUGAUCCUUGUACUAUCCCGGCAAGGUUCAAUUCAUCAGAUGAUUAACUAAUUAUUGUUUGUAAGCGUGACAGUGUUUGUAUGUGUGCGCAUGUGUAUGGGUGAGCAUCUUGUGUGUAAUUUGUUAUCACCAGCACUUGCAAGGAGAGGUGUAGGGUUGGAAAAUUAGCAUCGAUUACCGCAAGUACCAUUCGGUGAUGGUAUGAAACACGAAUGUGGCCACUUAAGCGGUACGUGAUCACCAUUAGCCUUACCAGAAUUGCAUCGUCAACCGACCGUACUGCUGUAAUCAAUCGAAGUUGAACGCCGGAUUUGGAAGCACCCUCUCGGACACUCGCAAACUCAGCUCCAGCCGACUCGACGACGACGUUGUCCAAAACAGGGCAACAAAUAUUCAACAAAACCAGGUCGCUAAAAUUGCAAGAGGUGAAGUUCCUACCGAACCGGCGACGGAACGGAUGCAAUGAUGCAUAUCAAAAGCAGUCCCACCACACCGCUGGUGGCCGGUGAGAAGCGUCCAAAGAAGGAAUCUUCCCAGCCGCAAGACACUCGUAAGGUGUCCAGCUUCAUACAACGGUUCUACUUGUUUGGCAACAGCCCGAGCACACCGCACGGAGCGGAAGCGGAACCCGAAGCACCGAAGGUUAAGAAGACGAAAGUGUCCAACCAGCAGACGACCGGUGACACUCAACCAAACUCCAAAUCAGCAGCAACCGCUAGACCCGGCAGCUCGCCGAGUACCGACGGUACCGUAUCGUCAUCAUCCGAGCCAUCUGAAGAGUUGAACCCAGUGCAGUAUCCUUCGUAUAGUGUCCAGCGGCUGCGACAGUUCUGGAACAACCGGCUGCUGUCGAAUCAGCAACCAACAGGAUCUUCCAUCGACACGCUAGUGAGAAAGGCGAAGAGUGCAACGAUCGGAGCACCAACUGGGGCAGCUGCCAGAACCGUUCUGCGUAAAUCACCUUCACCGAAGGCGACCACACGGUUCCAACGCAACGGUUCCAUUACCCGAUCGGGCAGGCGUCGCUUCGGAACGCUCGACAGUUCCGAAAGUGUUCGUAGCGGGCUGGACGUUAACCUGCAGCGGUCUGCUCAACCACCGAAACGAUCGUCCCAUGCCGCCCUGCUCAGCCCCGAUCGGGAAGCUCAGCGCACGCUGGUAGAGAAGCGACCGUGCGUUGGAUCUACCCCGGUGACGGCCGGACCCAGUGCGCGAGAAUCUUUCCCACUGGCCGUUUCCACUCCGAACGGUAGUCAGAUCCAUUGGGCACGUCGAACGGAGCUGCUGGGGAUUCGUGCCCUCACGCAGGAGGAAAAGAAGCAGAGCGCCAAAAUGCCACUACGGGUAGAGAACUACGUGAAUAGUUACAUCGACGUGGACAUACAGAGCGUCGGUGGACAGGAUGAACCGGCGAGAAAUGUUUCAGUCCCUGUGCAGGAACCACCAAAGGAUGCUUUGGAGAAGUUACCACCGAUCCCCAACACGUCUACGCCGGUCACCACACCGGCACGGCAACCCAGUACCUCUUCCCUGGGCCGGAAAGGCAACACUCCGACGCGUAAAAUCAGCUUCAUGAACAACAUUUCGCCCUACAAUCGCAAGCUGCUCGCCUGCAAUGGCACGAAGGUGGCCGCACUCACCAGCAAAUUCAAUCAAAUGAUCCAGCAGGACGCUGGACUGCUUGCGCAGGUGCAGAAGCGCGGUGGCUAUCUGCACAAAUGCGGCAAUGUGGCUUACAAAGUGAUUGAAGAUCCUGGCAGCGAUGGAGUGUACGGCUUUACGUCGACGGGACGUAUGAGCAGUGUAAGAAGCAGCUUACGAAAGAAACAAUCAAACGCAUCGGCUACUUCCGGUGGAGGUGCGACUGCUGCUGCUACCACUGCCACUGCAACUGCUACUACUGCUGCAGGAACCGCUGGAAACCGUACGGACGAAAGUUCGGACGAAAUCUCCUCAUCAGCGUCGAGCAAAAACUCUUCACUUCGCAAAACGGGACUACGAAAGCGGCCGAGCUUGCGGAAAAAUAUUUACCGCCGACCGGAGUGGGAAACGGGACGCAGUUCGCUCGGCGUGCGGAAAGUGCUGGAGAUGUUCGAGCCGAACCUGCACCAUGGACGGGGCAAGCGGGCGGAGAGCGGCGAUACGGGCAAACCGCCACCGGGGCGUAGUAAGCCGAAGGUACCGGACAAAAGCGAGCAAGUGUUGCAAAAAACGAAAGACUUCAAGUCGAAGAAGGUGGUAAGCGAGGUAGUGGAGAAGAGCAAUCGAGGGGCUCUAAAUGAACAAGUAGAGGAGGUGCGUGGGGAUGUAGCGACUGCCAGUUCGGCGGACGAACAUGUCGUUGAUGGAUCUAGACAGGAAACAAAUGAUUCAUCUGCUGUUAGUAAGGAAGCUAAAAGCAAGGACGUAGUUGUCUCACCACAGGAAGCUAAAAAGGGAAGCAAUCAAAGCAACGGCAUUACAUCGAAACUACACAAGAACUCACCUAGAGAAGCUUCUAAUGCGAUUGUACCUUCGAAAGGAGAAAAUCUAAAGCCUACUGAGGUCCUAUCUGACGGUCACAGUAGCUUUGGAGAGCUCCAUCCUUCUUACAAUUGGAUGGAUGGAACAUAUGAUCAAAUCGAUCUUGAAGAACCCACUAAUGGAAAGGAGAUCUCCGCUGUUAGUAAACCGAACGAAAUGAUUUCCUCACAGAAGGUUCUGAAAGAGAAGGAAAAGAGCAAGAGUGCUGUAUCAAAGAUUCAAGAGCGUCUCACGUUCAGGUCGUCCAAAAAGGUCACUGUUGAAAAUACUGCCCCCAGAAAAGAGCCAUCGGAAGGAGUCGCAAAUCGUUCCGACCAUAACUUAGGCGAGGAUCAAGCAGCAUACAGUUCUGUAGAGAAGGGAAGCAACCAAGUCACGGAAGAACCAUCACCGUACCAUGCUGUCAAAACCUCGACAGGGUCAAAUCAAGAACUUAUUGAUUUCCUGCCCGAUGGCGAUAGUAGCGAAAUUAAUGCAGCAUACAGUUCUGUAGAGAAGGGAAGCAAAAGAGUCACGGAAGAACCAUCUCCGUACAAUCCUGUCAAAGCUUCGACAGGGGUAAAUCAAGAACUUACUGAGGUUUUAUCCGACGGCGAUAGUAGCUUUGGCGAGCUCCAUCCGUCUUAUAGCUGGAUGGAUGGAACAUACGAUCAGAUAGAUUUGGAAGAACCCACUAAUGGAAAAGAGAUCGCCGUCGCCACGACCGAAAUGAGUGGCUCUCAAAAGGAUCCGAAAGAGAAGGAAAAGGGCAAAAGUGCUGUAUCGAAGAUUCAAGAUCGUCUGACGUUCCGAUCAUCUAAGAAGGUUGCCGUUGAAAAUGCUGCUCCCAGAAAAGAGCCUUCCGAAGAAGUCGCUAUUCUUUCCGACGAUGACUUCGGUGAGAACCAUGCAGAAUAUAGUUUUUUAGAGAAGGGAAGCAAACAAGUAACUGAAGAACCAUCACCGCACGGUGCAGUCCAACCUGACAGUAGCCAAACGGAAACAGUUGUAACAACACCAAAGGAAGGGAAGGAGAAAAAGAGAAGCAAAAGCACUGUAUCGAAAAUUUACGAACGCUUAACGUUUCGAUCGUCCAAAAAGAUGGCGGCACCGAGUGAGCGGUCGGAUGAGGUAGUGAUCAUCCGGGACGCAGAGGAUGCUAAUCGAAAGGCUCCCGGGCUCCGCCGAUCCUUUGUGUCGUCGAUCGAGAUUCCGUCGAUACAUCCAGAUGAAAGGGCAGUAGCAUCACCUUCGCCAGAGGCAUCCAGAGAAGAGUCGACCGAAAAGGAUAGUUCUGAGCAGAAGAUACUCGAAGCGAUCAGUGCCGUUAGUCAGAGGAUUGAUAAUCUAUCAAAGAGCUUCAGUGAUUUAACGCUAACUGAUGACGAGAACACUCAGGCGAAACGUACAGCCGAUGCAGAACAGGAAGAAGAUGUUCAGCAGGUGCGUCCGAAUGCAUCCUUUCUGUUUCGCGGUAUGGGUUCGGCAGGAUCUAGAGCAGGGUUGGAUAGCAAGCACGCCAGUCAGCACAACAUCGUCGAAGCGGUCAAUACGGUCGUCAUCAACAAAUCGCUCUCGAUGGAUGAUCACCAUUUCCCUUGUGCACGGGGCGAAACGGGUAGAAUGAGCCUGAACGAGCGUUCGCGAGCACAGCGUGGCCUGGAGGAUGAUUACGAACCAGUCACCCAACCCGAGGAGAAGUUGCCGUCGGCAGCAGGCUCCAAGUUCUGCUCCACACCUUCCAUAACGAUCGAUUUGUCCGAACUGACGAGCAAAAUAGAAUCGUUCGUGCACAAAUCAAAGCGCGAAUCAGACAACAUCUACCAGAGCAUUCCAAUAAAGUCCCAAGGGACAGGUAAUACCGCUCUUCUCCACCAGCCUGAGGAUGCCAUUAGCGUCAACAGUUACGAAUCGUUCGAAAACUACGAAUCGAUCGAGCAUGAGCUUCUUUCCAGCACACGGAAGCAAAAUCCCGAGAAAGCAUCCGGCGAAGAGGACACGUACGAGAUUUGCAGUCCACCGCCGGAGCUGCCACCCGCCCGGGAAGACUCUCGCAACGAUCUGACCCUACCACAACCAAAGCGCAAUCUAUCCUCGUCCCCCAAAACGCUACCGAAACACCUGCAGGUAACCUAUCAGUCCAACUACGAACGCAUCAAGUACAGCAAGAUCCCACCGAGACCACCGAAACCGGAGGAAGUCCCACUGCCGCCGCGUAACAGUUCCACUGCCAGCACUGGAGCAACGUCCAGCGCAGCGAACAUCACGCUGGAAGCCAGUACGUCACACUUCUCCUCCACGGAACAAGCGUCGUCCGGCACGGGCGGAGAUUUGCUGGACAAAUCACCCCACCGGCAGGAGCGCAUCUACGAGGAGAACAUCUACGACACGAUCCGCAGUGCGGACGGUGUCGACUAUGACGAUCCGGCCUGCGGUUCAGCGGAGCUGGACCCAUCUCAGACAACGCAACCAGGCGGCAUUAGGGUGGGCCUAUCGUCCCGCGCACGCCAGCAACCAUCGCCGCCCGCCGAUAACGUAUCGCUCGUUUCAUCCAACUGCUACGAAUCGAUCGGACUGCGGCUGGAGUACGAGCGGAGCAUGAUGUUGGCGCGGCGCAACCUGGCCGGUGGUUCGACCACGACGCUGGCGUCCGAUCAAAUCACCAACAGCCUGUACGGUGUUACGGCCGGGCUCGCAAGCUUAACACCACCAAGUGAACGUGGUAGUGACACAAGCAACAGUGCCGACUGGACCGACAUCUCCGACGAGGAUGAGACGGGUGAGCGGGCCGAUGUGACGACGGCGAUGGCCACGGGGGGAUCGAAGCGACCGAAUUUUAUCGUCGUACGGGAGCGCAAGCGGACGCAUCAGACACCGUUAAGGUCGCGGAAACUGGCUCGCAUCUCGCACCCGAAGAUAGACGACGAUUCCGAUCAUCACUAUGAAUCGCUUUACUCGAUCGGUUCGAACGAUGGGCGCCACCAGCACCAGCACGAUUCCAACUACACCACCUUGCCGUCGCACGCGGAAGGAUCGCUGCUUUCCGGUAAUGCCACGUCCGGGGUCAACUUCCACGAGCAUCGAGCCGGUGGUGGUGGUGGUGAUGAUGCAAGUGCAGCGAUGCUACUUCCCCCUGACGACGAGUUCGACUCGUUCGACAGCGAUGACACGGACUACGAGGACGAAGACGACGAUCGGAACCGAGCCCGAACGGACAGUGGGGUGGACAUACGAAACGCGAAGCUGCCCGAUCCACCACCGUCCAGCAGUCAGGUGUACGUGCUGGUGCAAAAGAUCAAGAACCUCGGCACACUGUCGGAGAUAGCGAAAAGCUUCCACAAGCUGUCCAAAAAAAAGGGAACCAAAGGCGCUACUACGACGACCGGUGCCGGUGGUGGUACGUACGAGAAUACGGUCCUGGGCUCGAAGCACGCCGGCACCAAAACAGGGUCCAAAGGAAUGAGCUCCUCCACUUCCUCGAAAUCGUUCAAACUGCCGCCUCUCCCUUUAGUCGGUGGCGGUGGUGGUGUGCCAAAACCACCACCGGAGGACUACGAGGGGGCAGCAGUCGGCUCACCACACUCCGGGUCGCAUCCGGCGCCGCCUGGUUCGUCCUUGCUGCUGCCGGCUUCCUCGCCAUCCUUGUCUUCGGCGUCCACCACGGCUAAUCGCGCUGCUGCGGCGACGCCGCUCAUCUCUAGUCCCGUGCCGGAGCAAUCGUCGUCCGCCGGUGUGCGCAGCACGAGCGAGUCCAGCAACGUGAGCGGCAAUGUGCCGAAAGCACCCGGCACCGCGGGUUUCUCCCCGGCCGACGGUGCGACGCGCAAAAAGUCCAAGAGUACCAAAUCGCUGCGCUCGAAGCUGCGCAAAAGUCUCGUGUCCGAUUCGACCAGCCUCAACAUCGGAAGCUCGUUCAACGGGUCCCGCAGCACGUUCUACGUAACGUCGGCCGAUGUGGAUUCGGGCAUCUUUAACGGGUCGGACGGUUGCCUUAAUCCAUCCGCCAGCAGUGUGUCCCAGUCGCAGGAGAUGCCAACGAAACCGGCCGAAGACAAUCGACGAAAAUCGAUUGCCUCUGCGACCGGGACGACGGGUCACGGGCGUCCAACGAUACCGCCACCACCGCCACCGGCCGAAGCGGGCAAGAGGACGGCAGCAUCUUCCUCCGUUUCACCCCUGCUGGCCGCAAGCAACAGCAAGUCGGUGAGCAAGAAGCUGGGCGCUACCUCCUGGUACGCGGAGUGUGGUGUCUUCAAGCAGCCGCACUCCUUCGGCACCGGAAGUGAUCAGUCGCUGAGCAAUGGAAAGGGCGAUGGCAGCAUCAGUCCUCGCAGCUCCCUACCACCAAAGGACGGCGGUCCUAUCGGUGCUGGACCUGGUGUUGAUCUUGGUGGCGGAGGCAGCGCCGGCGAUCGCACACUCACCAGCAAUGGGCACACAUCGUCCUCGUCGUGGUACGCGGACAUCUACCAAACCAGUGGCGCAUCGGUGGCGAGUUCGAGCGAAAGCUCGGGCGUCUCUACCGGCGGAGAGGGUGGACCGGGCGACGAUCAUUCGCACAGCAUGUUUGUGAACGAGCCGCUGUACCAGAUUUACAAUGCCGCCAAGCUGGAAUCGAUCACGCGGGACAUUGAUGCGGAAAUUAGUGGCCGCUCGGAGGCGGAGCUGUACGACGAUGGGUACGAGAAGAUUGCGGAGCGAAACCGCCGACGGAAGACGGGAGGCGCCGGCGAGCAGGAGGGAGCAGAGGAAGGUGAUGAAGGUGGCUGCUCCAGCAGCUCGGGCAGCUCGUCCACCGAUGGGGACGAUCGGGGCGAUGAUUCCGCGAUGCAUUUGCGCAAACCUUCGCGUCCAACGGCGCUGGAGCUGAUUGAGCCGCACAUUGGCAAGCUGCGUACGCUUUGGUGCGAAGUGCCGGAGGUUCGAAAUUCCGAGAUACUGGCUACCCUAACGCCGACGGAAAAGCGGCUACAGGAAGCCAAGUUCGAGAUACUCACCUCGGAAGCGUCCUACCUGAAAUCGCUCAAUCUGCUCCGGACGCACUUUGUCAACCAUCCUGCCUUCCGCGACACGCGCAUCCUCAGCUCCUCGGAGCGGAAAACGCUCUUUUCCUCCAUUAUACCGGUGCAGGAGUGCUCGGACCGGUUGCUGUGCGAUCUGGAAAACUGCUGGCAGGACAACAUUAUGCUGCUCGGGCUGAGCCACAGCAUCUACAAGCACGCGGAGAAGCACUUCCACGUGUACGUGACGUACUGUGAGCAUCAGGCCAAGAUCGAUCGCACCCUGAAGACGCUCAAAGCCAACAAGCCGGAGUUUGCGCGCACACUGGCCGCGCUCGAGGCGGACCCGGUCUGUUGUAGCCUCAGUCUGUCCUCCUUUCUGAUGCUACCGAUGCAGCGCAUUACGCGCAUGCGCCUGCUGCUGGACGCGGUGCUGCAGCGCUGCCAUCCGGACGAUGACGACGAGUUCGGCAGCUGGGAGAGUACGUUCGUGCUGAUCAAUCGCAUCCUGACGCAGUGCAACGAUGCGGCCCAUCGCAGCGAGCAGCUGUACGAGAUGGAGCUGCUGUCGCGGCAGAUCGAGUUCCCGACGAACGUGCGGCCGCUGGCGAUCGUGCCGUGCGGUAUCGGGGCCGCCCCCAGCACGAUGCACCGGAAGCUGGAGAAGCGCGGCGAUCUGGUGCACGUGCUGUGGCGCGGGGACGAUGCGAAGCUCACGUUCGGCAAGAAGUUCUCCAAGAGCAAUGUGUACGCGUUCCUCUUUACCGAUUUGCUUGUGUUGACCAAAAAGAAAAGCGAUGAAAGCUAUCUUGUGAUCGAUUACUGUCAGCGAGCACUGCUGACCGUCAGCUCGGGCGAUAUUGUGACCGGUCUGCCGGCCAAAGAGAUGCAAACGAUCGGUAAAAAUCUCAUCAUCAUGACACUGCUGGAGAACCACGAGGGCAAGACAAUCGAAAUGAUUCUUAGCUGCCCGUCCGAAACGGAACGCGAACGCUGGCUCAUGGUGACGGAACCGCCGGCCUCGGAAAACCCGGACGAGAAGAUCUACGAGCAGUGGGACUGUCCGCAGGUGAUAGCCGUCCAUCCCUACCAAGCGCUGCAACCGGACGAACUCGAUCUCGACAUCAAGGACGUGGUGAACGUGCAUCGGAAGAUGGCCGACGGCUGGUACGAAGGUGAACGUAUUCGUGACGGUGCCGUCGGUUGGUUCCCGAGCAACUACACGAAGGAAAUCCCGUCGGCCCACAUACGGGCGAAGCACAUCAAGCAGCGCCACCUGCUGCUAACGUACACCUCCAAGUACAUCGACACUGCCACUAAAGCCCAUCAUCAUUACCACAAUUACUAUCAUCAACCGCAGCACCAGCAGCAGCAUCAUCAUCAUCAACUUCAUCAUAAACAGCAGCAUUUGCAGCAUCAGCAGCAGUAUCAUCAUCAUCAUCAACAGCAGCAAAGCAAAAAGUGAAAUAAAACCGUGAUUGUGUACUGUACUUAGAAAUAGAGAGAGGGAGAGAGAGAGAGAGCGUGCGAGCAUUUUGAAGGGAAGUGAAUUUGUACAAUGGAAUAUAUCUAACACACCUGUACAGAGCUGUGUGCUGUUAAGGUUGCCGCAGUUUUUAGACCGUCAAGGGAAGGGGGGGUGGGCACAUCAGCACCGCUCCCGCGCUCUCGCCGGUCAAGCAAUAGUAGAAUAAGGGUAGGAUAGUUUUAGCCGUUCGCGUGUAUCUAGAAUAUCGCUAGUAGUGUUGUACUAUACCGUGUAGAUAUAGCCCCCCUGUUUCAUGCCAACAUUUCGCUCUAUCUAAUCGUUACACUGAAUUUAUUGUGAAAUAAAAUGUUAUUGAAUCAAAA